AUUUUUUAUUAUAUUAUUCCAUGUCCACAGCUAUCGAUGUGAAUGCCUUCUCUGAUGCCCAUUUUGAUGUAAAGAGUUGGAUCAACAGCUCUUUAAGUACCUCUACGAAAAACAAUGACGAUAACUCACCAAAAGAAGAAGAUUCAGUCGACGAUACCUCAUCAUCACCAACACUAGAACAAGAAACAGCAACAUUAAUCACAAAACUUCAACUAGCCAGCGAACAGGCAUCUCAACAAGUAGGUGUUCUGACCGACCAAGUCAUCAAAUCAAUGCCACGAAUAAUGUAUGAUAUUAAGCUUAUCACAGACGAUGCUAGGGCUACGCAACAAGGAAUACAACAAGUCAAGAAAAAUCUCGAUAUGAAAAACAAGGAUAACAAUGACGAUACAUUUGAGAAAUUACGGCAAUUACAUCUUUGCAAGACACGUAUGGAAGAUUGUUUAUCGGCUUUGAUGGAAGCGGAAAACUGGAACAACUUGGAAUCCGAAGUCAGUAAGGUCAUCAACAAUCACGACUUUGAAGGUGCUGAAUCUCGUUUGCAAGAUGCUCUCUCUUAUUUGGCAACAAACCGUCCAUCAACUCCCUAGAUGAUUACAUAUAUUCUUCCUUAUUUUAUAUCCUUACACCUUUAACUUUUUAUAUAUAGAUAUUAUAUGGAUUAGUCUAGUUCUUCCUUCC